CGUUUGAGAACCACUGUCGUAGGUCUUUCAUGGCGUCAACGAUAGGGCGCGCUGUUGGAAGUUGACGCCAAUUAAUCCGCGAAGAAGAGCCAAUGGAAGACGAACUCAGCUAUACACCAGACUGCUUGAACGCAAAGAUGCCUGUCCAGUGCAGCAGCUGUGUGGAGAAGCGUGCUAUGCUGAAACGUCCAAAAACGGGCCACUCGCUGUGUAAGGAGUGCUUCUUCUGGGCCUUUGAGGAGGAGGUGCAUCAAACCAUCGUGGCAGCGAAUUUAUUCAAACCCGGCGAGACCGUUGGGAUUGCCGCAUCUGGUGGCAAAGACUCCACGGUUCUCGCGCACGUGAUGAAGCUCCUGAACGAGAGGUACUCGUACGGCCUGGAGCUCAUGCUUCUCUCUGUGGAUGAGGGCAUCACUGGUUAUAGAGAUGACUCUUUGGAGACGGUGAAGAGGAACCAGCAACAGUAUGGGCUUCCGCUGAAGAUAGUGUCGUACGAGGAGCUGUAUGGCUGGAGUAUGGAUGCUAUAGUGAAGCAAGUGGGACUGAAAAAUAACUGCACCUUUUGUGGCGUGUUUAGACGACAGGCACUGGAUAGAGGAGCUGUCAUGCUCAAAGUGGACAAGAUCUGCACAGGUCACAAUGCCGACGACGUAGCCGAAACUGUACUGAUGAAUGUCUUGCGAGGGGACAUAGCCCGCCUGCGGCGUUGUACUGCCAUCUCCACGAACAGCGAGGGCGACGGGGUCGUACCACGCUGCAAGCCUCUCAAAUACGCCUACGAGAAAGAGAUAGUUUUGUACGCUUAUUUCAAAAAGUUGGACUACUUCUCCACUGAAUGCAUCUACUCUCCCAACGCCUAUCGUGGUUAUGCAAGGACCUUUUUAAAAGAUCUGGAGAGCAUUCGUUCCAGCGCCAUCAUUGAUAUCAUCCAUUCGGGAGAGACUCUUUCUAUACGGGAGGGUGUGAAGAUGCCUGUGCAGGGGACCUGCAGCAAGUGUGGCUAUAUCUCCAGUCAGAUGCUGUGUAAGUCCUGUGUGCUACUGGAAGGUCUGAACAGAGGCUUGCCCAAGCUGGGCAUUGGAAAACACCACCGCUUGCAUAAUAAAAUUGUCAACAAUGAGCCACUUACUGAGAAGGAGGAGAGCAAGUUGAAAGUGUUGGACAUUUGACAAAUAUGACAGAAAUAGAUUAAUUUAAGAUACUUUUUCUCUCAAAAUUAACAUUGAUAAUGAACGCAUGUGCUGAUUUUAUCUUCAACAAUUGCAUGGAUCUUUCAAGUUUGCUGCCGUUUCAUUAUUAGCUUUGUUCCGUUCAUGUUGCGCUAUAACUGUCAAUCGGUAUCUACUAACUUAUGCCUGUAUUGAGUGUUAUAACAUUUUUGGUUGGCGUUGCAGUCGCAUAUAAAAUAUCAGUGGAUAAUUGUCCCUGUAUUUUUCCAUGUCCUUCUUGGUCUCAGUAAUGUAAUUCAGUGUUAUCAAUUUGUAUUGACGACAAGUGUGUACCUACAUAUCCAGUGUGCCAGUAAAAUAAACAAACUAAACCAA